UUGCUUAGCUCUGGUCUGCCACUGAACCCCCCUCCCGCUUCUUCUCAGAUUGUUGCCAAGAGGAAAUGGCUGUUGCUCCGAGUGCUGAACUCCUGGAAUGGCCAAAAAAGGACAAGCGUCGCCUCCUUCACGCGGUUUACCGCGUCGGCGAUCUCGAUCGGACCAUCGAGUUUUAUACUGAAUGCUUUGGGAUGAAGCUGUUGCGGAAACGGGACAUCCCGGAAGAGAAAUACUCCAAUGCUUUUCUCGGAUUCGGACCCGAACAGUCCAACUUUGUGGUGGAGUUGACGUACAAUUAUGGAGUGACUUCGUAUGACAUCGGAACUGGUUUCGGGCACUUCGCAAUAGCGACUCCAGAUGUGUAUAAGAUGGUUGAAGAUAUAAGAGCCAAGGGUGGUACGAUUACCCGGGAGCCUGGUCCAGUGAAAGGCGGAACCACUGUCAUCGCCUUUGUUAAGGACCCUGAUGGUUACAUCUUUGAGCUCAUCCAGAGGGGUCCGACUCCUGAACCUCUAUGUCAAGUGAUGCUUCGAGUUGGUGAUCUCGAUCGUUCCAUCAAGUUCUAUGAGAAGGCUUUGGGAAUGAGGCUUUUAAGGAAAUUCGACAAUCCUCAAUACAAGUACACUUUGGCAAUGAUGGGUUAUGCUGAUGAGGAUGAGACAACUGUGUUGGAGCUGACCUAUAACUACGGGGUUUCUGAGUAUACCAAAGGCAAUGCAUACGCUCAGGUGGCUAUAGGCACUGAUGAUGUAUAUAAAAGUGCCGAGGUUGUGAAGCUUGUCAUCGAGGAGCUUGGAGGGAAAAUUACCAGACAGCCUGGUCCGAUUCCAGGGCUCAAUACUAAGAUUACAUCUUUCCUGGAUCCAGAUGGCUGGAAAACCGUCCUUGUUGACAACAAAGACUUCCGGAAGGAGCUCCAGUAGGGGAGACUUAACAACUAGACCCCUCCUAGUUUAAAUAUGAAUAAGUUAUGUACCUAUGAACAGGUCCACAACUAGUCAUGCGUAUACUCUUAUCGGUUGCUGGAUAGGUGCGCGAGGCUACUUGCGCUAUUACCUGUCCCAAGGUUGGUUCCUCGUAUCGGGUGGCAUCUGUUUUUCCUACACCUAUUAUGUAUUAUGGCUUCAGUCUUAUUAUCUGUGGAAUGUGGACUCUGGUGGAAGUGUAAUUGUGCAUUUCUCAAUGUUUUCCGCAUUUUCUCCAGCGGAAAAGGGACUUAUGACAUUGCAUCCUGUACUGUUUCUAUGUUAAACAUGGCUUGCCUUAUCACCUUUUCCUUCUA